AUGUCUUCGGACGCCGCACUGGAUGAGAAGCUCACGGAACUGCUUCGCGUCAUGGUGAGUCGUCUGCCAGUCAACAAGACGCUGCCAGCGGCGGUCGUGCAGAAGCUUCUGCGCGCCAAGUAUGGUGACGCGUACCCGGAGGCGUACGUGGAAAGCCGUUCGACGUUUAUCGCUGACACCGUCAUGAAGCUGAUGAUCGAAAAGGAGAAGGCUGCCACAGCGGGGGCGGCGAACGGCGACGCCAGUGACGAGGAUGACGAGGAUGACGAUGACAGCAACACAUCAGACGAAGACUCUGACGAGGGAGAUUCUGACGAAGACGAGGCGGAGGAGGAGGACGCAGCAUCCAGCUCUGACGAUGACGGCUUCGAUUCAGAUGACGACGACGACGACGAGGAGGAUGACGACGACGACGCAGAGGAGCCAAAGAAGAAGAGCGCGCGUGUGGAAGAGGUGGACGGGGUUGCUCUGAAAGAUCAGCAGGCGUCUGCAGCGCCCUCCUCGGCAGUGUCCGUGGCCGAGCGCUGCAAGGCCAUGGCGGAAUGCCUGCGCAAGCUGAGCUACCACGUUCGGGCCCCCACCGCUGAGGAGAGCCUGGAGGAUUACCUGCACAAGUUCCUCUUUGCCGAGUUCGAGAAGCACGGCAUGGACGUGGACAAGUACGGCAAAUCGGACAUCAAGCGCUACCGCAUCAAGCGCGAGGUGGAGCUGCUGCAGCAGGACGGAGCGAGUCUGAGCCUCGACCGCCGCAACCGUGCAGGCCGCGGCUUCAGCAACGUGGCUGUCAGCAAAGGGGCCGGUGAUAACGGCUCACAAGCGGGCCCGUCUCCGUCCGCGGCAUCGGCGCGGCAAACUUCGAUGUUCCUCGACGACGAGUAG